AUGCCUGUUCCAGACCAACCCUCGUCUUCUGACAAGACAAGUUCCCUUAGUCCUGUGUUGAACACAUCCAAUGGCGAUGGAUCUGAAACUGAGACAACCUCUGCCAUUCUAGCUUCAGUUAAAGAACAGGAACUGCAGUUUGAGAGACUGACUCGAGAACUUGAGGCUGAACGUCAGAUUGUCGCUAGCCAGCUGGAGAGAUGUAAGCUUGGAUCAGAAACUGGAAGCAUGAGCAGCAUUAGUUCAACAGAAGAGCAGUUUCACUGGCAAACACAAGAUGGUCAGAAGGAUAUAGAAGAUGAGCUCACCACUGGUCUGGAGCUGGUGGACUCCUGUAUUAGAUCCCUGCAGGAGUCAGGGAUACUUGAUCCACAGGACUAUUCAGCCAGUGAAAGGCCCAGCCUCCUCUCCCAGAGCACACUCCAGCUCAAUUCCAAACCUGAAGCAUCCUUCCAGUACUCAGCCAGCUACCACAGCAACCAGACCCUUGCCCUGGGUGAAGCAGCAUCUGCCCAGCUCCCAGCCCGCAGUGGUCAGGCCAGAGGUGCCAUCCAGAGCUACAGCCAGGGCCCGGGGAGCCGCGGCGCCCACCCGGGCGGCCCGGAGCCGCCGCCGCCGCCGCCCGCCGCCCCGCAGCCGCGGGAGCCCUUCGCGCCCAGCCACGGCAGCGCCUUCCACCUGCCCGAGCCCCAGCACGCCGCCGCGCUCUACUACGCCAGCUCCACGCUGCCGGCGCAGCGGGUGAGCUCCCCGUUGCCCGCACAGCCCGGCGGCUCCCCCACCAAGCUGCCGCGGGCCGGCUCCGCCGCCGAGGGCGCCGCCUACGCCACCGCGCAGCGCCUCUCCUCCCCGAAGCAGUCCCCCAGCCGCCUGGCCAAGUCCUACAGCACCAGCUCGCCCAUCAACAUCGUCGUCUCCUCGGCGGGACUGUCGCCGUCCCCCAUCCGAGUGACCUCCCCGCCCACCGUCCAGUCUAACAUUUCCUCCUCUCCUAUCCACCAGUUAAGCUCCACCAUCGGCACUUACGCCACCCUGUCGCCUACCAAGCGGCUGGUUCACGCUGGCGAUCAGUACAGCAAGCACUCCCAGGAGCUGUACGCCACCGCCACCCUGCAGAGACCCGGCUCCCUUGCAGCUGGGUCUCGGGCAUCAUACAGCAGCCAGCACAGCCACCUUGGCUCCGAGUUAAGGGCACUGCAGUCUCCAGAACACCAUAUAGAUCCUAUUUACGAAGACAGAGUUUAUCAGAAGCCCCCUAUGAGGAGUCUCAGCCAGAGUCAGGGGGACCCUCUGCAACCAGCACACACAGGCACAUACCGCACUAGCACAGCCCCAUCUUCCCCUGGUGUCGACUCCGUACCCUUACAGCGCACAGGCAGUCAACAUGGCACACAGAACGCAACAGCGACCUUCCAGAGGGCCAGCUAUGCAGCCGGCCCAGCCUCCAAUUACGCAGACCCCUACCGACAGCUGCAGUAUUGUCCUUCUAUUGAAUCACCAUACAGCAAAUCUGGGCCAGCCAUCCCACCUGAAGGGACCUUGGCUAGGUCACCUUCCAUUGAUAGCAUUCAGAAAGAUCCCAGAGAGUUUGGAUGGCGGGAUCCAGAGCUUCCAGAAGUUAUACAGAUGUUACAGCAUCAAUUUCCCUCAGUACAGUCCAAUGCUGCAGCCUACUUGCAACAUCUCUGUUUUGGAGACAAUAAAAUAAAAGCAGAGAUAAGAAGACAAGGUGGAAUACAAUUACUUGUGGACCUAUUGGACCAUCGUAUGACAGAAGUCCACCGUAGUGCCUGUGGAGCUUUGCGAAACUUGGUAUAUGGAAAGGCAAAUGAUGACAACAAAAUUGCUCUGAAAAACUGUGGUGGUAUCCCAGCAUUAGUACGGUUACUCCGCAAGACUACAGAUUUGGAAAUCAGAGAAUUGGUCACAGGAGUUCUGUGGAAUCUAUCCUCUUGUGAUGCACUGAAAAUGCCAAUCAUCCAGGAUGCCCUCGCAGUGUUGACCAAUGCAGUGAUCAUCCCUCACUCUGGAUGGGAAAACUCUCCACUCCAGGAUGACCAUAAAAUACAACUCCAUUCAUCACAGGUGCUGCGCAAUGCCACUGGGUGCCUAAGGAAUGUCAGCUCUGCUGGAGAAGAGGCCCGAAGAAGAAUGAGGGAGUGUGAUGGCCUGACAGAUGCAUUGCUGUACGUGAUCCAGUCUGCUCUGGGGAGCAGUGAAAUUGAUAGUAAGACCGUUGAAAACUGUGUGUGCAUUUUGAGGAACCUCUCAUACAGGCUAGCUGCAGAAACAUCUCAGGGACAGCAGAUGGGAACAGAUGAACUUGAUGGAUUACUCUGUGGUGAUGCCAAUGGAAAAGAUGCUGAGAGUUCAGGGUGCUGGGGGAAGAAGAAGAAGAAAAAGAAAUCACAAGAUCAGUGGGAUGGUGUAGGACCUCUCCCAGAUUGUGCAGAACCACCCAAAGGAAUCCAGAUGCUGUGGCACCCUUCAAUAGUCAAACCCUACCUCACACUUCUUUCUGAGUGCUCAAAUCCAGACACGCUGGAGGGGGCAGCAGGGGCACUACAGAACCUGGCUGCUGGGAGUUGGAAGUGGUCAGUGUACAUCCGUGCUGCUGUCCGCAAAGAAAAAGGAUUGCCAAUCCUGGUGGAACUGCUUCGAAUAGACAAUGACCGUGUGGUAUGUGCAGUUGCUACAGCUUUACGAAACAUGGCCUUAGAUGUCAGAAAUAAGGAGUUAAUAGGCAAGUAUGCCAUGAGGGAUCUGGUCCAUCGACUGCCAGGCGCUAACAACAGCAACAGCUCAGCGAGCAAGGCCAUGUCUGAUGACACCGUUACUGCCAUUUGCUGCACUCUGCAUGAAGUCAUCACUAAAAACAUGGAGAAUGCCAAGGCCUUACGAGACGCAGGAGGCAUUGAGAAACUGGUUGGCAUAUCUAAGAGUAAAGGAGACAAGCAUUCGCCAAAAGUGGUGAAAGCAGCAUCUCAGGUCCUCAAUAGUAUGUGGCAGUACAGAGACCUGAGAAGUCUCUACAAGAAGGAUGGAUGGUCACAAUAUCACUUUGUAGCCUCAUCUUCAACAAUAGAAAGGGAUCGGCAAAGACCAUACUCCUCAUCACGCACGCCUUCCAUCUCUCCUGUGCGCAUGUCUCCUAACAACCGCUCAGCAAGUGCCCCAGCCUCACCUCGGGAAAUGAUCAGCCUAAAAGAAAGAAAAACAGACUAUGAAUCAACUGGAACAAAUGCCACUUACCAUGGAAAUAAGGGAGAACACACUUCUAGGAAAGACACCAUGACAGCUCAGAACACUGGAAUCUCAACAUUGUACAGGAACUCAUAUGGUGCACCUGCUGAAGAUAUCAAACACAACCAGGUUUCAACGCAGCCAGUUCCACAGGAGCCCAGCAGAAAAGAUUAUGAACCAUAUCAGCCGUUUCAGAAUUCAACGAGAAACUAUGAUGAGUCCUUCUUUGAGGACCAAGUGCAUCAUCGUCCACCUGCAAGCGAAUACAACAUGCACCUGGGACUAAAGUCAACUGGCAACUAUGUUGACUUCUAUUCAGCUGCUCGUCCCUAUAGUGAACUUAACUAUGAAACAAGCCACUAUCCAGCCUCUCCUGACUCCUGGGUUUGA